GUCCCUUGAGACUCCGUGCCGUGCUCAUCCGGCCUACAAACACUGCUUCGCAUACCUGCAAACUCGUCACCGGCCAUAUUGAAGACCCGAUCGAGCGUCACACACUACUACCUACGAUGACUCCUUGACCCGUCGUCUUUCAUCCGCCUCUCAUCUUCUCAUCACACCACAUCAUCGCGACCACCCAAACUCUCCAUCCCACCUCCCACCUUCAUCUCAACCUCACUCUUACCACUCUCACCACAACUUCACCAUUCUACAAUAAUGUCCACAAUCCCCCAAACCCUCUGGUCCGCCCAGAUCCCCCUCCACAUAAUCCACCCCUCCGCCCCAAACACUCCGCUCGUCACCUCCCUCCCGCGCUUCUCCUACCUAGCCCUCCUCGUCCCCCGCUGCUCCGCCUUUUUCCGCCACCCCGUCUCCGCCUUCCACCACGAGGACCUCCUCCUCCGCAACUUGCCCCUCGGCCUUCUCGUCGACCUCUACCAGCCGACCUUGCCAUGGCGCCUGACCGUCAGCGACGGCGAUAGCUGGGAUAUCGGCGACACCUUCCUCAACUGCGUCAAAGAGGCAGACUUCGUCCGCUACGGCAACGCAAAACGCAUAAUGUCCCUCUCAAAAGCAGACACCUCGUCCCUCUGGAACGCAGUUCAAGACAACGACUACGCCUCCUUUUCAAAAAUAAACGCCCUCCUCCUCAACGCGCCCACCCCUCUCCGCAACGUACCCCUGCGCGUCUACAUCCCGUCGUCGCCCCCGGCCGGCACAACCACAACCUCCACCUCCGCCGCCGCCAUACCCCCGUCACCCACAGCAGCAGCGCCGAUAGCAUCACCAGCACCAGCACCAGCACCAGCACAAGGAGACACACCAGGCCCAGGCGCCUUCAAAGUCCUCCAAACCCUCAUCCCGCCCGUCGUCCCCGGCACACGCACGCGCCAGACCCUAGGCCGCGCGCUGCAGUCUCACCUGCCCAGCUUAUUCCCCUCCAGCCGGGACCCCGUUCUCGCCAACGUCGUGCUGCACGGCUCGCCUGUGCCGUUUUCGGCGCCGUUGGAGGAUUUGAUGCGCGAGGCGGCGUAUCCGGAUGGUUGGCUUUGCUUGGCUGUCGUGUUGUUGUGAGCAAAAAUGAGCAGAUGGAGAUGGGGUUAUCGGUACUACGAAUGGACGUGGCAAUGGGCAUCUUACGAAUUGGACUGGGGUUUGGAGUUCACGGGGAUUGUCUUGUCGCUAGAGCUUGAGAAAGAAGGAUUCUUCAAAAGACGUAAUCGGCUACAUGAGUAUGUACUCUGUACACAUCAUAACUUUUGCGAAGAGACGACUUAAUUUUUCUGUGAACCCAAGUCAACUUCACGUGGGCAGUGCACUCGAAUCAUCUCACUUACACACGGCAGCCAUAUACUUGGGUUAUCUCUUUUGCCGCGUAACAAGGGUUGCGAAUGCUCGUUCCCGGCACUUGUACUCGUUAUACACGAGUCGUUAGGAAACUUGAAUCACGUAGCAGAGGAAAGC